UGCCAACUGUCACAGGAAGCAAGAACAAUCUCUGCUGAGCAGAUGACCCCCAUAAGAAUCCCUGCGUCCCCCCUCCCGCUUUUGUUUGUUUGUUGUUGUUUUUUGGCUUACUCCUGCAGGGAAAAGGAAAAGUUCAGAUGGUCAAGGGGGAGCUGCCCGAGGAAGGCAGAGAGGGCUUGCUGCUGCCGCCGCCAGUAGCCGCGGGUCUGCUCUGGUUCGUGCCUCCUCCUUCCCCCGCUUUGGCUGAAGAGGGAAGGAAGACGCUUUGCCAUUGGAUCCGGCUGCCCGGCUAAGCCGCAAGAGGCGACCAACCACGCCGAGCGGCGCGCAGCAAGGCGGCAGGCCAAGUAAGUUUGUCACCUGCUCUUGCGGGCGCUUGAACCUGAACUCUCUCCCGCCGGCUUGGUGGGUGGCCUCGGCUCGGUCCUGAGAGAGGCAAGGUAGCAGCAGCCGCCGCCGGGCUGAUGGAGGGAGGGAGCGGGAGAACCAGGAUUGCUGAGCCGCCCGCUGGCCGGCCUGGGGAGGAAGAAGGCAGGGCAGGAGGAGGAGAGGAGGAGGUGAAAGGGGCUCUCCUGCUCCUUGCCUGUCAGGGAGCGAGCUCCCUCCUGCCGCUCCGAUUCCCCAGGCACGACCCAGGCCAGAGAGGGUGGGACACGACGCCGCCACCGCCGCCAGCCUGAGAAGAGAGCGGGCUGGCUCCACACACCGAGCAACAGCAGCAGCUGCCGUCGCCGAGCGGGAAGGCGUCCCCACAAUGCCCCACGCCCAAUCCCAGCCGGUGACAACCAUCUGUGGGGCAGAGGGGGGCGGCUUUUUUCCUCGCCGCCCUUGCCUUGCGGGGCUAAGGACCACCCACCUUCCUUUGUUUUCGUGUUUAAAAGCUGGCCCGCCGCCGCCUUCUUCCCUCGUUGGUCCAGCCGCCGCCCGGGUCUGGCGCCUACCUGGCCGCGUAUCCGGGGAGAACAGGUGGGUCUUUAGCGACCUGGAGGGCUCUGCUGCAGCAGCUGCCGCCUCUGGGGACGGAGGUCGCGAGUGAGGAGGAGGAGGAGGGCUGGUUGGCGGCGGCGGCCGCGUUGUCUGUCCCUGGGGCGGGGCUGGUGUUGUCUCGGGGUUGCUGCUGCUACACCUGGCGAUGGCCAGGCGGCGGGAGGGCAGAGCUCCAUACUUCGUCUCCUGGGCGGGCUUUUAAAAGGCUCCCAGCCCAGGCUCUGUUUCUUCAGGCGUUUCGUUGUUCCAGAAUGUAACCUCUCAGGAGAGCGCCCCAGAACAAAGGCCACCACCACUUGGCAAGUGUCUGCUUGUUUGCUCUUCACGCUGUAUCCACGCUGACCUGUCCAUGGGAUGGCACUAACUGGCCAGGAGGAAUAUACCUAUACAUUUAAAGACCUUUCUCAUCCUGUGGGGUUCUUGAAUGCAUUCAGAACAUUCUACCUUGAUGGUUUAUUCACGGAUAUUACUCUUCAGUGUGCUUCUGGUGUGAUUUUUCAUUGUCACAAAGCUGCACUAGCUGCUUGCAGCAAUUAUUUCAAGGCCAUGUUCACUUCUGACAUGAAAGAGAAGUCGAAGAACCAGAUCACACUUUCUGGACUCAGUCCCACGAUACUGGAAUCGCUGGUGAUUUAUACAUACACAUCAGAAAUCCAGAUAACAAAGAGAAAUGUUCAAAGCCUCCUUCAAGCUGCAGAUCUUCUUCAGUUUACCUCGGUAAAGAAAGCCUGUGAGCAGUUUCUGGUGAGGCACUUAGAUAUUGACAACUGCCUAGGGAUGCACUCCUUUGCAGAAUACCAUGUCUGUGCAGAGCUAGAAAAGGAAUCUAGAAGGAUUCUGCUAUCUAGAUUUGAAGACGUCUGGAGACAGGAAGAAUUUCUGGAAAUCAGCAAUGAGAAACUCCAGUUUAUUCUCUCCAGAAAGAAUCUUGGCAUUUGGAAAGAAGCAGCAGCAAUAGAGCCCAUUAUUAAAUGGGUAGCCUAUGAUGUGGACAACAGAGCAGAGUACAUCUAUGACCUGCUGAGUUGUCUCAAAACAGAUUUAGAUGAAUUAUAUUUGAGGUCAGCCCUAAGCUUACACAAGAAAUGUCGGUUAAAUGAAAACAAGAUCAGGUCUCUAAUACACAGUGCCCUAAGCCCCAAGCCAAAAGCAGUUUUGACAAGAUCUACAGCUGUUAUGUAUGUGAUUGGAGGAUAUUAUUGGCAUCCUUUAUCUGAGGUGCAUGUAUGGGAUCCAAUAACUGGUGCUUGGAUCCAGGGUGCAGAUAUGCCAGAUCAUGCGCGGGAAAGCUAUGCAGUCACCAGUUUGGGACCCAAGAUUUAUGUGACAGGGGGUUACAGAACCGACAACAUAGAAGCUCUUGAUAUAAUGUGGAUAUACAACUGUGAAGCUGAUGAAUGGACUGAAGGAUGCCCUAUGCUUAAUGCAAGGUACUACCACUGUGCAGUUACCUUGGGGGGCUGUAUCUAUGCCUUAGGAGGUUACAGAAAAGGGGCUCCAGCUGAAGAAGCAGAAUUCUAUGAUCCUUUAAAAGAGAAGUGGGUCCCUAUUGCAAACAUGAUUAAAGGGGUUGGAAAUGCCACCGCUUGCGUCUUGAAUGAAGUCAUCUAUGUGACUGGAGGUCACUAUGGUUACCGGGGAAGUUGCACUUAUGACCAAGUUCAAAGCUAUCGCUCUGAUAUUAAUGAAUGGAGAGUAAUCACCACCAGUCCGCAUCCAGAAUAUGGACUGUGUUCAAUUGCGUUAGAAAAUAAACUCUAUCUUGUGGGUGGACAGACUACAAUCACAGAUUGCUAUGAUCCAGAGCAAGAUGAAUGGAAACAGAAAGCUGAUAUGAUGGAAAGGAGAAUGGAGUGUGGUGCAGUUGUCAUGAAUGGAUGCAUCUAUAUAACUGGGGGCUAUUCCUCUUCUAAAGGGUCGUAUUUGCAGAAUAUUGAGAAAUAUGACCCUGAAUGUAACAAAUGGGAAAUCGUGGGCAGUCUUCCCAGUGCUAUGCGUUCACAUGGCUGUGUCUGUGUAUACAAUGUAUAAGAGGAAGGUUUUGCUCGGUUUUGCUCUUAGAAGGGCCCUGUGUGUUCUGAUUAGCAGAAAACUGAUCAGAAUAAUUCUUGGCACUUAUAUUUUAAAAGGGAGAGUGGUCAUUGCUUCUUUGCCUCGGUAGGCUUUGGCACAACUGAAUACCUUUUUUGCACCAACUAUGAUCUAACCCAGGAGUUCUCAACUUUUGGUCCUCGGAUGUUGUGGCUGUGGAUGAUGGGAGUGCAACAUCUGGGGACCCAAGAUUGAGAACCCUGGUCUAAGACUGUCAUCCUGUGCACACUUGCCUGUUUGUAAUCCCUGCUGAACACUUACUUCUGACUAAACAUGCAUAGGAUUACUCUGCACAUCUGUGCAACUUUUCCUCCAUUCCAUUUUAAGACUAUGACAAACUGGGGGUUGGGGGUUGUCAUCUAGGCCAGCAACAUCUGUUUUUCUCUCUGUCUGCCUCUGGGAUUUUAUUGUUUUGUUUAACAUCCCUCCUGAAGAAGAGUUACAAUGAACUCAAUAGGUGGGUCACUAGUUUGUGACUUUUAGAAAAUUGGUCCUAAUAAAGGUGGUAUGCUGUUCAGGAUUUUUUUUCUGCUGGACCAAUAUACCACCUACAACUUGUGUUUAAUAAAUACAGCAUGUGUACAUAUACACAAUAUAUAAAUUUUGUACGAUUCUCUCAGGUCACCGUUGCAUAUAAACAGAAUAUGGGUGUGGGCAAUUCAGCACAGACACCUGAAGGACCAUGGGAGGUCAGGCACUGACAUACACAUGGUUCUGAUUGGGCAGAAGUCACUGCUCUCAGGGUGCAUCAUGUAGCUGCUCACCUGAUGCACUAUAAACUUUUUCAGGAAAAAAAUCAGAUUGGAAUGGUAUUUAACUUUCCCCCCCAUAUUUUUACAUACUGUUUGUAUUUCAUAAAACACUUUUGUAUUUUGAAUUGACACUUAUAUAUAACUUUUUUUAUUAUGAUUUAACAAACUGACCUAGGUCUCUGAAGAUAACUAGAUGUUUUUUAUUAUAUUCAAACCUAUUCUCAAUUUGGCCUAUAUAGCACCACUAAAAAGGAUUUUAUCCUAAGCAUAAAGUAAUCUGACAUAUAGAAUAUGCAAUUUCAAAAUGUAUUGGUGAGAGGGUUUCCACCCCCUUCUUUACUAAAAAGGCUUUAUGAACACACAGCACCAUACUUCUCUGCAGUGAACAGGACAUCUUUAAGUAUCAAAAACUAGAAUAGUUUUUGCUAAGAUACUACAGGUAUGUGAUAUGAGUUGCUAAUUACCUACAAUUGUUUAUAUGAUUUAUUUAUUAUAGAUUUUUAUGAGUGGUUUCUUUCCAUUAAAAUCUACAAGACCUAGUGAUCCCACAGGGCUCAAAGAGGCUUCAGCCAUGAACAUUAUCAGGGGAGGUUGCUUGAGUGAUAUGCCUAAUUACCUCAAACUUGUGAACAUACCCACAGAUUAUAGUUAGUAUUUGUGAAAAUGUCAUAGUGGAAGGGUUGAGCGUGUGCCUUUCUGAUCCAAUAUCACCAGCCUAGACAUCUAGGAUAUUGCAGGAUAAGAUCUUUUGAGCAUCUGUUCACUUUACAGUGCAUUGGACUGACUAAAGUACAGUCCUACUGUAAGUAUAUGUUUUGGAAGUAAGUGGGUUUGCAAUCAAUAGGGCUUUCUUGCAAGUGUUUUGAACUGUAAUGAAAUGAUCAGGUGUUAUAGGCUGUUUUGGGUUUCUGCUUUCAGUGUUUGUUGCAGGCUCUGAUUAGAUUGAACAAAUGCCUAUCUUAGGGGGUAAUCAGUAUUCUGUAGUAUAUCUUGAGGCACUUUAUAGGAUUAAAUCAUUCUCAUUUCCAAUAAAAUGCUGCACUCGUACAUAAAUACUCCAAAAAGGGUGUCGCCAACAGAUUUGCUAGUGCAGUAUCAUGAUGACAAUACUGCAAGCAGAUAUGCCAAUGUAAAUAUCUACAGUCAAUCAUUGCUCUUUUCAUUUCAGUGUUAGAACUGCACCUUUAGAAUUUGUAUUGAUAAAAGUGGAAAUGAAUUAGAAUGUAAUGAUGUAGUUUUUAUGUUCUCGUCUAUUGCUGUUAUUUAAUGGCAGUUUAAUUUAGAAUAAAUGUGUUGCACAUUUGGCAA